AGUAAAGUAGAAAUUAAAAGUACCUAUUUUUUAAGAAUAGGGAGAAUGGUCAAACCAAAUUAUAGAAUUUGUUACACAUUGCGGGGACAUAGAAGAUCCAUUUCCUCAGUAAAAUUUAGUCCUGAUGGUUGUUGGCUGGCCAGUUCUUCAGCGGAUUCCACUAUAAAAGUUUGGGAUUCUCAAAACGGACAAUUUUAUUUAACCCUGGAAGGGCACAGCGCUGGGCUGAGUGAUUGUUGCUGGUCUUCUGAUUCGCGCUACCUUGCCAGCGCCAGCGACGAUAUGUCCAUUAAAAUUUGGGAUUUUAAUGAAGGUAUCUGUGUGAGAACGCUUAUUGGCCACGGCGGAUACGUUUUUUGCGUAAAUUAUAAUUAUCCAUCCAAUCUUCUUGUCUCUGGCUCUUUCGAUGAAACGGUACGACUAUGGGAUGUUCGGACAGGAAAGUGCAUAAAAAGUCUGACGGCCCACUCCGAUCCCGUCACGGCGGUCGACUUUUCUUGCGAUGGCACGCUGAUCGUCUCUUCGAGCUUCGAUGGAAUUUGUCGUGUGUGGGACACUUCGACUGGCCAGUGCCUGAAAGCUUUGCUUGAAGAUAGCAAUACUCCAGUCUCUUUUGCAAGGUUUUCUCCCAACGGGAAGUUCCUUCUUGUAGGGACUUUGAACGGUCGUUUACGUCUUUGGGACUAUAUUAACGGCAAAUGUCUUAAAAAGUAUUCUGGCCACGUGAAUUCGACUUAUAGUAUUUUUGCAAACUUUAGCGUUUCUGGUGGCAAAUGGAUAGUAAGCGGAAGCGAAGAUAAUAAUAUUUAUUUGUGGGAUCUUCAAACAAGAGAAGUUGUUCAAAUACUUGAAGGCCAUUCAGAUGUUGUCAUUAGCUGCGCCUGCCAUCCGACAGAGAAUAUAAUUGCCUCCGGAAGUUUAGAAAAGGAUAAAUCGAUAAAGUUGUGGAAGUCAAAGUUUUAA